UGGAGUGUGCUAACAUGUUUUUGGCCCCAUGCUGCAAUAUUACUUGUUUGCGGGAGGUCAGGUCAAAACCCACUAAUACGAAGUAGUGGGCAUGUAUUCCCACUAUCCUUCCCACAAAAUACGGUGUCUGAGUUCAAGACUAGAUCUAGACUCUACCUUGCCUACUCGCGAGUUGCAGCCUUAUCACUCAUUCGCCCCUUGAUCGCUCGACUGAUCAGCAUCGGCAUUGAUGUGGCAAUACUUGGCAUAUCUUGGCAUGUCAAUGAUGUGUAAACAUCGUGACACUGUCAUUGGUUGUGGGUGCUUAAAUGGUGAACUUGCGCGUAAUGCAGAACGAGAAACAGUCUAUCUGCUUUCCACAAAUUCGAUGAGUCACCCUACUGCUUUGUAUGUCGACGCUGGCAUUCAGGCAUCUAAGUACUUCAAUGUCGGAAUGUUUGCUGUUUUGAUAUUUGACUAUCUCAUUACCCUAGAGGCAGAGUCACAGUGGGUCUGGCACCGCAAAUGGUCGUUUGUGCGAUUUAUAUUCACUGUAUCACGAUACUUGCCGUUUUUCGGCAUAGGGCUGACAUUCACUGGCGCGCUUCGAACACAAUACUAUCCUGGUGAAAGCUGUGCUAGAUUUGGGCAAGCGUCAAAUGUGUUGCACAUCAUCUGCAUUCUAGCCGCAGAGGGCUUGCUAAUAACGAGGAUUUAUGCUUCCUGGAACAGUAAGCGUUUACUGACAUUCCUUCUGGUUUUUCCCGUCGUUUGUUUCGUGGUCUCUUAUCUCAUAUCGGACACUCCCCUGGUUUUUAAUUCCAAAAACACAACCCCGAUCAAUAUACCGGAUCCGGGCAACUGUCUUCUCUUAGGCGGGAGGAAUAAUGUCUUCGAGUACGCCGUUCUAUUUCUCUAUGAACUGGUUCUUCUCUGCUUAAUGUUGUACAUCAGAUUCAGCAAGUACAACAAUGCCAUCGGACAACUCCAAGAAACGUUUUUUAACGACUCAGUGAGAUAUAUGAUGUGCAUCAUGGUCGUGUCUUCGUUCAGCAUAAUUUUGACCAUGGUUCCUCCGGUCACAUGGGUUUCGAUUACAGACUCUCCGCAAAUCGUUAUCCACAGUGUUCUAACCUCUCGGAUCCUUUUCAACCUACGAGCAAGUGAAGGACGAUCACAAAUUAAUACAACGCUGACGGAAGUAUCUGAGAUACAGUUUGGAGGAGGCCGAUUUUCGACAGUGGUAUCCGAUGUUUAAUCAACAUAAGUUAUGUGUACAAUGUAGGGCUGGUCCUACUGCGUGUGUAUCUCAUGUUACAUGCUAAUCGUAGCGGCGGCGAGCACCAGCCCCU